UAGUAGCCUGCCAGCCUACUGAAUACUGACUGACUUGUGGUGUGUGUCCAACGAAAAAUCUAAGUGUUAGGCAAAUCAAAACAGCAUGAUUGUACGGUCUGGUUAUGUGAGUUUGUAGGAUAACAAAUUGAUUAACUUUUUGUUUUAAAUCAUUUAAAAGAUAAGAUUUUAGAAAAGGACAUGUCGUUUCUGUACUUCUGUUCAUCUGUUUGACAACAAUGUUUCAACACUGCAGCUUAUAAAACGAGUUUACAGGCAAGGGGAUGUCCAGAGAAGAUGGAUCUAGAGACAGCACAAGCCGUUGUGUUUGAGACACUACAGAGAGCCACCAGCCAGAACUCUGAAGUGCUCAAGCCUGCUGAACAGAAGCUCAAGGAAUGGGAAACGGUACCAGGAUUCUAUACUAUAUUGUUUAAUAUAUUUUCAACUCAUUCAGUAGAUGUCAAUGUGAGAUGGUUGGCUGUGCUGUACAUAAAGAAUGGCAUUGACAGAUAUUGGAGGAAAAAUGCACCCAAUGCUAUUUCCGAAGAGGAGAAAGCGACGAUCAGGCGGAAUAUUAUAACAAACUUCCGAGAACCUGUUAACCAGAUAGCAACUCAGCUUGCAGUUCUCAUCUCUAAAAUUGCAAGGUUGGACUGUCCCCGCGAAUGGGCAGAGUUAAUACCUACUCUACUGACUGCUGUCAAGAGCGAAGAUGCACUGGAACAGCACCGUGCGCUACUGACUCUCUACCAUGUCAUCAAGGCUCUGAGCUCCAAGAGGCUCUUAGGAGAUCGACGGCUCUUCCACGAGCUGACCGCCAACGUUUACAACUUUAUCCUCAACCUAUGGGACUCACACACAUGUUUGGCUAUCAAUCAGCUACAAAGUGUUGGCCACAGUGACAGUGAGGUGACAAAGUCCUUAGAGAACGCAAUGCUGUCUCUCAGGAUUCUCACCAAAAUGACAGUACAAGGGCUGAAGAAACCGAAUGAGUUCCCUGACGCAAACACUUUCCUCAAGAUGGUCUUUGAGAGGGCAAAAACAAUGCUUAUCUGCAGGCGAUCUACAAAAGAGCCAGUGACAACGCAGGUAGAGCGUUGCAUAAUCAAGCUGACCAAGGUGUUACUGUCGCUGUUGGAGAACCACCCGCUCUCGUUUGUGGACAGUCUGCCAGAAACACUGACGUUCACGGUGCAUUACGCUUUCACACCGGAGGGUGAACCUCUGCUAUUUGAGAGGUUUCUGAUCCAGUGCCUCAACCUGCUCAAAGGCAUCCUACUCUGUCCAGAGUAUAAGCCUGCCAAAAUUAUUGAAGAGACAAAAGAGCCAGACACUCUAAGAGCCCAUCAGAUCAAGAUAACUUUCUUUGAGACAACGAUUCUGAAUGCAAUGUGUCGUAAGCUAAUCACUCAGUACUUCUUGUUGACACCUCAAGACUUGCAACAGUGGGACACUGAUCCGGAAGGCUUUGUGACAGAUGAAGGUGGUGAAUGCUGGAAAUAUAGUUUGAGGCCCUGCACAGAGACACUAUUCCUAGCAUUGUUCCAUGAGUUCCGAGAAACACUGACACCACUGCUGCUGCAGUUAAUCACGCAGAUACAUGGACCCGUGGACCCCCACGAUCUGCCCGCCAUCCUGGCUAAGGACGCGGUGUAUAAUGCUGUUGGCAUCGCCGCCUUCGACCUGUACGAUGAGGUAAACUUUGACGAGUGGUUCACCACAACGUUGCAAGCAGAGCUGCAGAUUAGAGCUGGCAACUAUAGAGUUGUCAGAAGAAGGGUGGCAUGGCUGCUAGGACAGUGGACGGGCGUGAAGCUGUCAUGUGAGCUGCGGCCGACGCUGUACGCUGCUAUGCUACCGUUGUUGCAGCCUCAGGAGGACAUUGCGGUCCGUCUGACUGCUUGCAGCACUAUCAAGAAUGCAGUGGACGACUUCGAGUUUAACACAGAGCAGUUCCUGGAGUACCUGGACCCACUGUUUGGGUUGCUCUUCUCACUGCUCAAAGAAGUCCACGAGUGUGAUACAAAGAUGCACGUGCUGGGUGUUUUGUCGUUUGUAGUUGAGAGAGUGGGUGUGGCAAUUCGGCCCCACGCCAACGCUCUGGUACAGUACCUGCCGUUACUGUGGCAGGAGUCUGUCGACCACAAUAUGCUCAGAUGUGCAAUUGUCUCCACACUCGUACACUUGGUCAAGGCUCUGGGUACCCUGUCGGAGAGUGCGAUGAUGUCCGAGUUCCUGCUGUUGGUUAUCCAGUUGUCCACAGACACGCAGCAGCCGAGUCAUGUGUAUCUGCUGGAGGAUGGGCUGGAACUGUGGCUAACCCUCCUGGAGAACAGCACAGCCAUGUCCCAGCCGUUGCUGCUUCUCUACAACAACAUGAAUCCACUUCUUGAAGGAUCAACUGAAAACUUGAGGACAUGUUUUUACAUUAUUCAAGCGUACAUUUUGCUAGCUCCUGACCUCUUCUUGCAGGUAAUAUAUCUAUUUAAAAACUUUAUAUAUCCAAUUUUUUUUUAAUGUUUAAUAAAAAUAUGAGUGUA